AUGGAGGUGGAUGACGAUGUGUGGUCCAUUCCUUCGGAUGAUGGGAUGGUUCUUCUUCGGAAGUCAACGGCAGCUCCCAAGAAAGCGGCAAGGAACCAGAAACAUGACGAUGCUGCAAGAGCAUCCAGGAAGGCUGCCCGUUUGCAAGCAGUUGCCUGGAAGAAGGAGGUUGCCAAGGCCACCAAGUUCAUUGGCAGCCUGACUAGCCUUGGCACCCAAGCGGACAGCUUGCAACAGAAGGACGUCAAGUUCCCUACCGUGUUGAGCCCGGAGUUGAAGAACGGUCUUGAGGAAGCUUUCAAGAAGGUCCAUACCUUGAAGCUUCGUGCCACAGCCUUGAUCAGCGCCACCGACGAGCAAAAGUUGCUGCAUGCUCCGGUUCCUUUGGAGUCGUCAGAUGAAGACAAUCUCCGCAAAGCCGUGCGUGUUCGCGGUGCUAGUGAACGAGCAGUAUACGAGAUCUGGAAUAUAGCGCAAGAAGGUACUGACCGUACUGUGGCACGGGGAACCUUCCAACAGACCGUUCAGCGUGGACUGGAACCAUGGACUUCUGCUACGCACCAUGUCAAGUUUGCUUGCGCAGACGGCCCUGACAUCGAGCUGCCAAUCAUCAACUUGCAGCUUUGUUUGACAAAGUUUUGUUCAGAGUCUGCUGACUUUCAGCGUGCGCUGACCAGAGCACUGAACUGCUCACCUACCCUCACACCCAUCCUCUACGCGGACGAGGCAACCGCUGGGAAUGUGUUGGCAGUCAACAAGAAACGCAAGGCCAAUCUCUAUUACAUGUCUUGGGUAGAGCUUUGGCACUUCUUGAAGAAUCAAUCUGCCUGGCUGCCGGUAACCGUGGUUCAAUCCACUGCUCUAUCUCAGAUAGUUGGUGGCGCUUCUAAGGUGAUGGUAGAGAUCCUCAAGUUGAUCGUGUCCCCGCAGAACGAGGAAGGUUUUGCAUUGUCAGACAACCUUUUUUUCAAACGACGCACGCAAGCCUGGUGUCUAGGAAACUACGAUGCGUUGCGAAGUCUUCUCUCUCUGAAGGGAAGCGCAGGAAUUCGCCCAUGCGUUUACUGCAUCAAUGUUGUUCCACGCAGGAGGUGA